CUGAAAGUCGGUAAUUAGCAAGUUGGCGAGGUCUCCAAAAACCCUUCUCGUGGGAGUCACCUGCACUGGAUCCUGGUGGCAGUUGAGAGGCUGGGAGGAUCGUCGAAGCUUUCGUCAUUGAAAGACGAGCGUUGCAAAAGCAAGGCCAAGGAAAGAAAAAGAUGAGCAAAGUCGCCUUUGUUGCUGUCUUGACUGGCCUGUUGGCCUCGUCGGUGGGUGCCGAUCCUGACAUGGUGCGAUGGGGUGAAGGAGGUCUACCAGAGGAUGCAGAGCUAGACAACUUUAUCAUAGGAGGAACUGAUGUUGUACCUGGAGAACUUCCCUUUUACGGGCACUUUCAGGGUGUCACCAUGUGUGGUGGAGCUCUGAUUCAUGAAGAUAUCUUCGUUACUGCCGCUCACUGUUUGGAAGAUGGAUUCCCUUCCACCAUCAGGAUUGGAGCCACUACUACCGUUUCGGCGAAUGAAGGAAUUGAGGUCCCCGUUUGUGCUGGUAUCAUUCACCCCAACAACAACAUGAAAUCCAUGGAGAACGACAUUGCCAUCCUCAAGCUGUGCGAUCAAGUUAAAAUCAAUUCCUAUGCAGAAUACGAUACGUCUACAGCAGAGCCUCCAACUGGGCAGGACUUUUGGAUUGUUGGCUUUGGACGAACCAGCGUGAAUGGCAACUUGUCACCCUUUCUGAAAAAGGCAAAGGUGGACUACCUCAACAGCGCUGUUUGUGCAGGCCGAUACACCAAGUAUGAUGCUCUCGAGAACAUGUGCGUCGAUGGUGCCACCACUGCCAUUUGUUAUGGUGACUCUGGUGGUCCUCUAUUGGAUGUAAACAACAAGGUCUUUGGUUUUGCCUCCUUUAUCAUUGACACGUGUGGCUCCGAAUAUCCCGACUUUUUCACUCGCGUCUCGACGUACGCUGGCUGGCUUCGAGAAAUGACUUGUACUCAGGCAAUCAAUCCACCCAUGGAGUGUGCUGUCGCCAGUGGAGGAACAGGCAACGGCGGUGGCAAUCCUUCCCAAGGAAACGAGGGCGGUGAUCCUGCUGCUCCUGCAGAUGCUCUUACAGAGUGCCUCAACGUCUUGGUAGGCUUGAUUCAAAGUUUGGCCACCAUUCUGGGAGGAUAAGGUAAGCAGGCAGGCACCAAGAAAGAAAGAAACGAGACACAAAAAUGUGCAGUACUAGCAUAUACUAUUGAUGUCCACUCUGCUAGUAGUGGCUCGCACAAAACUUAGCUAUAGGUGGUGGUAAAGAUGCAUAUUGUAAAGGACAAGCAUCAAGGUUGACUUGAUGUGUGACCUUGCUGGGACAGGAGGAUCGAUCCAAAUAAAGCAUGCAUUAACACAGAUGCCCUCCAUUACGUUUGAUUGACCGAU